UUUUGCAGAGCUUAAUUGGGCUGGAAAUCGCCAGAAUCGUCAAAUCUGGCAACACAGCUGGAAAUACAGUCAGAACAGCAGCCAGAACAACAUCUCUUGACAUGAGCAGGAAUAAUACAGCAGAACCUAGUGGAAAUUAAUGUGUAGCUUGCUUGGAACAAAUAACAGGCGAGCUAGAGCAUUUAUAAGCGCUUAAAGACAGUCAGCAGGACGUUUUCUUUAGGAAUUUCAUACAACUUUUCAACAGCAUAAAAAUACCUAAAGACUUAAAAAGCAGCUGUGUUUCCUAACAUGGAGCUAAAGUGGACACUUCUUCUGGGUCUCUUUCUGCCGUCAUGUAGUGGAUGUGCCUAUGGAUUUAAACUUGUUAAAAUGAAAUGUUUUGAUGAUGAGUGUGAGGAUGAGUUCUAUCCCAAGAAUGAAUUUUCCAGUUCUGGCGAUGGCGAUGAUAUGAACCUUCAGAGAGACUUAAUUGAGUAUGAAGAUCCAGAUGUUUGCGGCAUAGACGCCAGCUGCUACAAUCAUUUAGACAGCUACAUCUGCAAAUGUCACCAGGGUUACUGUAACUACGGCAACAAACAGUCAAAAUGCAUUGAAAUAGACUGUGAUCAGUUUAAACCUGAGCCUGAUGCAGAACACACACCGGAGAAGUUGAAGCAGUUGAUGUCACUGUUGAAGAACAGCUGUGAGUCUCUGAAAGAUCCACAAGAAGAACAUUUCACUGGAGAGAUGUUACUCGAGAACUUUUGCAAUUCCACUGAUGAUCUGCUGACGAAUGGAAACAUAGCUGACAGAGAGACGUUGAGUCAGUUUCUGGACACGGUGGAGAACAGCAUGCGUCUGAUCGGACCUCAGCUUAAAGAGCCUGUGACCAGGAUGGAGAUACACAACACCUUCGCUGAGGUUGCAGUCACACAGAAUCAGACUCCGCCCACUGGGCGUGUAAUUCUGAGCUCAGACUCCGCCCUCUUCAACACCAGCUGGGAAACAGUUAUAGGGAAAUCAUAUCCAGGUUUUGCGUUUGUGGCGCUGGUCAGUUUUAAAGAUAUGAACUCAUCCAGUGAUCAGUUCCACAAGAUCAGCAGAGAGAGAUCAGAUGAUAUAGAGAGAAACAUCGCUUAUCAGCUCAACUCGAAUGUGGUCACGGUUGUUGUCGGUAAUCCAGAAACCAAACUUCUUUCUGAGCCGGUGAUGCUCAUCUUUACACACAAGCAGGAGAGGGCGGAGUCUGGGGGUUACAUAUGUGUGUUCUGGAAUGAGACUGAGGGGGCGUGGUCUGGGCUGGGCUGUGAGAGGAUGUGGUCUAACAGCACUCAUACAAUGUGUUCCUAUUCUCAUCUCAGUAGUUUUGCAGUUCUGAUGGCUUUCUACCCUUUGCAGGACUUGUUUGAGCUGGUGUUGAUCACACGUGUGGGUUUAGUUCUGUCUCUGGUCUGUUUAUUUCUCUGUAUCCUGACGUUCCGGUUCUGCCGCUCCAUCCAAGGACCCCGAAACAGCAUUCAUCUUCACCUGUGCGUGUACCUCUUCAUCGCAGACCUUGUCUUCCUCUGCGGGAUCUCCAGUACUCACAAUCAAGUAGCGUGUGCGAUUGUGGCCGGCCUGCUUCAUUUCUUCUUCUUGGCCGCGUUCUGCUGGAUGCUGCUGGAGGGGGUUCAGCUCUACCAGAUGGUUGUGCUGGUGUUUCACACUAUAUUAAAACAUCUGUACAUGUAUGCCGUGGGAUAUGGAGUCCCUGUCGUCAUUGUUGCCAUCUCUGCCAUUACCUUCCCAAAGGGAUACGGCACCCAAAGACACUGUUGGCUCUCUCUUGAUCGCUACUUUAUCUUGAGUUUUUUCAUACCCGUCUGCAUCAUUGUCAUCCUCAACUGUUUUGUCUUCAUCAUCACUGUGUGGAAACUGGCUAAAAAAUUCUCCAGUCUCAAUCCAGACCUCUCCAAACUCAAACAGAUCAGGAGUUUCACAGUGACCGCAGUGGCUCAGUUGUGUGUUCUCGGCGGGACGUGGGUCUUUGGCUUCUUUCUCUUUCAGGAGAAGGGGACUGAAGUCAUGUUGUACCUCUUCAUCAUCUUCAACAGCCUCCAGGGGGCGCUCAUCUUCAUCAUGCACUGCCUCAUGUCCAAACUGGUCAGGACGGAGUAUUACAAUCUGUUUGUCCGAAUGUGCCCACAAAAGAAGAAAGCAGAACACAGUGUCAGCCAGUCCAGCAGCAGUCAGAGACCACUGCAGAGCGACGGCAGCGCAGCAGAGUCACAGUUAUAAAGUACUUGUCGUGUCCUGAUGGAUUUUUACAAACUUCUGAACACAAAGCACUUGAACAAUUUCUAGAACCAAUAAAGACUUUCACAAAGCUUCAGUUCCACAGUACACAAAGGGUUGUUGUCAUCCGAUGAAUACUGCAGAUGUGGGUUCAUCACAUGGCAUAUGCGCCAACGACAAAAAGGGAUGAAAACAUUGUAUCUAGUGAAACUGCAAUUAUUUUAUUACCUUUAAUUUUUUACUUUAUUAUGUCUCUUAUAUUUAACAAUGUUUUUUUUUUAUAUAUCACUCCUAAUAGUCUGUUUAUAAAUACAUUCAAUCUACCAGUAUAUCCACACAUUAUAUUAAGUAUGAAACUGAAAUAGGUGGAGGCAAAUCAUUGUCGUAACAAGCGAGUCAUUGAAUCAUUCACUCAAAAAGUUUGUUUAAAACAACUGAUUUAUUCAGGCACAAAGCAGUUGAUGAAUGAAUCGUUGAGUCAUUCAUUAGUCCGAUUCAGGGAUUCAUUCAGUAACGAAACGUACUGUAUUGCUCAGAGAUGUGCAAUGGCUCUACUGUGGAUUUAUUUGAAACUGUUUUUGUUGCCGAAAUAGAGCAAAAACAUUCCAGUCUCAAAAUGUAAGUGACUUAAUAUUAAACCUGUUGAAUCAAUAUCACAUUUGCAAUCAUGCUGAUAUGCGGGAAAACAGCAGUCCUAUUGCUUAACUAAAUCCUGUUAUAAAUGUUAAAAACAAGAAAUCAUACAGGGUCAUUUUUUUUGCCCCAUAUCUUGAAUUUGAAUGGAAUUUUUGCCCCAAGCCCUGUUAAUUUCUUACCCAGUGUGUCCGUUCCAAGAGAAAUGGGUGAAAUAUAGCAAAGGCCACUGCCAUAAUGUAAUAAGAGAUAAGACUGAUCACACCAUUAUUUGAAUAAAUCAGUGGUUUUCAAUCCUGGUCCUAGGGACCCACCGCUCUGCAUAUUGUGUAUGUCUCCCUUAUUUAACACACCUGAUUCAGAUCCUCAGCUCAUUAGGUCAGAGCUCCAUGAUCUCAGCUGAGUUUGUCAGAUAAAGGAGACAUACAGUACAAAUUGUGAGGAGCGGUGGGUAAACCACCAGAAUAAUUUAGGUUGCUUCUGUCUUUUGUUUCGCAAGUGGAUGGUCUUACAUUUUAAAUCAUGCACUGAGGGAGAAAAGAGCCUCCAAAUAAUCCCUUAGACAUAUGAAAGUGAAACUGUAGUUGGGUUUUAAACAGUAGAGAGAAAUCAUUUAUGAUGUCUUUACAAUACAUAUCUAAUCAUAGAGACUGGGGUUAUUAAAAAUCAUAACUAUAAUAUAAUGAUAGAAAUAAACUGGAUUGUCUGUUUGUAUACUAA